CCCGGACGCUUACAUGGAAACAUCACACCCCACCUAUACACAGGUAUAUAUAUAUGUAUAUAUAUAUAUAUAUAUAUACCUGCUAAUGCCACUACUGCGUCUUCUCCUCCUCCUCGCUAUUUUCUGCCUACAGCUGCUCUUUUCCUCCACACUUAAUUCUGUAUAAGCCGACAUGCCUGGCCAAACCAUCUAGCUUGCUUCUUCGAAGCGUCCUAUCUCCCCUACCCGCUAGCCACCGCCGACUGUCCAUCUUACAGCUCUCUUCUCCUCGGUCCUUUUCUUAUACCCAGGCACGCAAUACCGGGGGAAUCCUGCCAGUCGUCCCCCUCUCCCUGCGCUAGCGUCCGCUGAGACAACAGAAUACACUUUGCCCUAAGAGUCCCCGACUCUCUGAGGGUUGAGACGACGCCACGUAACGCUGCAGACCUGGCAAAUCUCACCCAGGAACUUUGAUUGGACUUUUGUUUAGCCGUCCGAAUCUCUCAUUCCUGUUCCUAGUUCCUCCCAUCCCUUCGUUGCCAUCAGCCGCACCUCUUUCCCUCCCGUGCCCCCGAGCUACCCGUCUUCUCUCUCAAAGAUGGCAAAGUUCCUCCGCCGCCACCAUGAACACGAUCCUCCCAUAGGGGAAAUCCCUGUCCCCCACGGCCCCGUAACCGGCGAGGAGCAUCAGCACUACCCACGAAGAGGUUCAACUAGCCACGCCACCGACUAUGAGAAGCAGAUCUUCGCUCACCUGACGCGCCCCGAGGAUUCCUACACUCCCGACGGCGUCUACUGGGCCGACUUGCCCUUCUGGAAGCGCUUGUCCUUCGUCAGCAAAGUCGACCGAGCCGAGACGUCGUCCGAAGUGCAGGGUAUCUGGGCCAUGAUCAAAAACGACCCCCUCAGCCCGGUUUCCUGGUACUUUAGAAACGCCGUGCUUCCCGGUGCCGGCUUGGGUUUGGAAGGCUACGUUCUCUUCUCCAUCGGGAACCUAGAGCCCUUGUUCAGUGCUGCGUGGGGAUCAUGCUGGGGCAAGAGUGCCACCGAAUGCAGCAAGAAUUGGGUCGCGGCCGUGACCUAUCUCGAAAUUAUCGGCAUCAUGGUUGGCCAGGUGGCUGUCGGAAUCAUCGGCGACUGGAUCGGCCGACGGUGGGGUUUAAUCCAGGACGCCUUGGUCAUGUUGCUCGGUCUCCUCAUGUUGACAGGAUCGUGGGGUUUGACGCUCGAGGGCUGGGUCAUCAUGUAUGCCUGGUCUUUGUUCGUAUACGGGAUCGGAGUCGGUGGCGAAUAUCCCAUUACAGCGACGUCAUCCAUGGAAAAUGCUGUAUCGGCUGGGAGGUUAUCCACUAAAGACGACCGCCUCCACCGCGGCAGGAAAGUCACGAUGGCGUUCUUGAUGCAAGGCUGGGGGCAAUUCGUCAACCAGGUCGUGCUCAUCGUCCUCUUGGUCAUCUUCAACCGUGGCAGUAGUGAGCCCCCCUACUCCGCGACGGCCGCCCAGUACGCUUUUCGUCUAUCCUUUGCAUUCCCCGCUAUCGGUACGCUUUGGCUCGCCUACUACCGUACCUGGAGAAUGAAGUCGGCCAGCAAGCAUCUCGAACAAGCCAAGAAGAAGGCGAAUGUGACGGGGUACGACGUCCGAUCCCUCAAAUUGACCUGCAGCAACUUCGGCGGACGUCUAUUGGCCACUGCCGGCGGGUGGUUUUGCAACGACGUAUUCUUCUAUGGGAAUAAGCUAUUCCAAGGCCAGUUCAUUAACGUCAUCUCCAACAAUCCCAGCUCGGUCAUGACGACGUGGACCUGGAACUUGGUCAACGUUGUCGUGUCCCUCUGCGGUUACUAUGCGGCCUCGAUGCUGAUCGACAACAAAAUGUACGGCCGGAAGAUGAUGCAACAAGUCGGGUUCCUCAUGUGUUUCGUCAUGUUUGUGGUGCCAGCCUUUAACUAUGAGUAUUAUACGAGCCCGGCAGGUAUCCACGCUUUCCAGGCCAUGUACUUCUUGUCGUCGUUUUUCAACCAGUUUGGUCCCAACUCGGUCACCUUCCUCGUCGCUGGGGAGGUAUUCCCUACUCAGAUACGCGCCAGUGCGCACGGGUUCUCGGCCAUGAUUGGCAAGGCUGGCGCCCUCCUAGCUUCGGUCUUGUACAACUAUAUCGACAACCAGACCAAGUUCUACGUUGUUCCUUGGUUUGGUCUUGCUGGCAUGUUGAUCACGUGGCUCUGGCUACCUGACACCACGGGACUUGAUCUCAAGGAACAGGAGCGGCGCUGGCACUACAUCCUGAACGGACGUGACAGUGAAUAUCACGGCAUCGCCAUACACCCGCAGCACCUUUCUGUCUGGGAGAGGUGGGUUGGCGUUGGAAAGAAUUACCACCCCGAACUGGACGUGAAGGCUAAGAUCAGGGACCUCCGGGCGGACUGGGAAGAGAGGGAAGCUGCCAGAGCGGCCAGCGAUGUCGAAUCGGCGUCCUGUGAGGAUGACGACAAUGAGGAUAUGACCAGCGAAAUCCACGACUACUUCCGGGGAACCAGCAGCAGCAACGGUGGCAAUUCGUUGAAGAAAGAGAAACCAACUACGGGGGAAGGUCAGGCUCAAGCUUCCAGAUCGACUGAUGGUCACAGUAACAGCACACUAGGAGAGCUGUCGGCGAAUGAAAAAUCCGAAGGGGGGGAUCGUAGGCGACAAGCUUGAAAAACGACCUACCUAGGUGACGGCUUAAGUACCGGAAAUGCUACCUGUGGGAUUUUGUGCCUCUUUUUGAAGUAAAAGUGAAUACAUCAUGAUUAGACGAGAGACAAUCGGCGUAUUAUUAACUGCUUGAAUACUAUAGAUCUGGGCGUCGCGAUCCAUGGUACCUAGGUAAUGUCUCGAGAGUAAUUUUGCGGUAAGCAGGAAAACACGAAGACGGGGGCUUAUGUAUUUACGAGGUGUGUCCCUUUUCUACGUAACUAGGUACCUAAGUAUAGGGCUUAGUCCCUGAAGAAUUACCCAUCAUUAGG